AUGGCAUUAUCAUUGGACAAAAAUGGUUUCUACUGUGAUAAUUAUGAUGAUGUUGAUGCACUUUCUGAUUCUGCAUAUCUCAAAAUGAAAGGGUCUACACAGCACACUUACUCUAAAUGCAUAAAUUAUGGAACGUCACACCAGACGUACUCAGCUUCGUGGGCCAAUUCCAACAAUCAUCUUAAUCAUGGUGUUAGAAACGCCGUUUCAAGCACCUCCAUCACCACACAAAAUAGUCGACCUUCGCCAAGUUUUCAUUUAACUCCCUCCUCUCCACCAACAAGCCCGACGAAACUGUAUCAUUCCAAUAAUCCAUUUGCUCAACGAUCAAAAUCCAACUUGAACCGACCGAACGUUCUUGCCGCGAAGAGUUCCCUGAAUACAUCAUCGCCGCGUGCCAUCGGAAAAUUAAGUAACUCCAACUUAACCGGUGGUAUCAGUGGAUUGUUACCUGAUCACCCUUCACCUGUAUUUUUUUACAAUUCAUCGAACUCUUCGACACACUCCUUGGUCGAGCAAGACGAGGAAGAUCUAGAUGAUAAUAUCUUUUAUAGGACAUUAAAAAAAGAUUAUCCAAAGAUAUUUAACGGAGUUACCGUUGUCUGCGUACCUCAUUCCAAAAGUAUCGUCGGAAUAAAGAUUAAUCGAAGUUUUAUUGAAACACAUUCGCUGAGGCCUUCGCCGUAUUUUCAGGGACAAUAUCAAAGCAUCAACGAAAAAGUUAUAUCCAUCGAGAGAAAUUGUGUAAAUCUAAUAUCAGGCUUUAAGGAGGACAGAACGAUACGCAUACUAAGCGAGGAACUGGUAUACAAUGAAUCCUAUAAAUUACAAGUUCUGAUAUUGGAACGUCCGUUGGAGGGUGAGGGAAAAAAAUCCCUUUCGGCGGAUAACAAUUGUCCAACAUUCAGUAUACCAACGGAAAGGAAUUGCGAGAUGGAUUUACUGUUUCUGAAGAAUAUAUUGGAUAACGAUGACCCACUAAAGGAUCUAGAGAACAUGGUGGAGGAGUUUAAUGAGACUUAUGUAUAUGUUAAGGGUUAUUCGGGAUUUGCUGUGGAAAGAAUUACUCAGAUAUUUCAGAGAGCUGUUAAGAAUAUACAUCAAUCCAGCGAUACGCUAAGAUCCGUUUGUCGUACCCUGUACGAGUACGAUCUAUUCCAGGAGCUUGUCGAGAAUGUUCUGAUGAGUGAAUUACACAACAAAAUAUUCAUUCAGUCACUACUGCCAAUAUACAAUUCUCGUGACUCAUACCUUGAAUCAAUAAUCAAUGUAUACUCUCGUGCUCAGGUGUCCCUAAAAGAUUAUGGCAUAUGCGAGAGAUUGCAAGAUAUGCCGACGGAGAUGUUGAAAGCUGCAUCCGAAAUACUCAGAGCCUUGAACGAAGAUGAUGAGACUAAUAUCGAAAUACGUGAUCACGACGCGUUGAAGUUUGCCGGUCUUGGAAUUACCACUCAUUCUAACAUAACCGAUGAUGCGGAAGAUGACAAGAGCAUUGUAAAUAGCGAUGAAAAUGAUAAAGGCGGCCAUAGUGUUAUUAGCAAUAAUGGGAUAAUAAUACCAGCGAAAACUCCGUUGGAAAAAUUGUUUUGUGUCAAACGAACUGUGCAAGAAAUUGCCUCCAUUUCUGACACCUAUCUAACACAAUUGGCCGCGCCUAAUGCAAUAAACGAUGAAACCAAGAGAUCGCCUAUCACUACAGAUGAUUUUAUACCAUUGCUAGCUUAUGUUAUCAUAAACAGUAAAAUUCGAAAGUUGGAGAGUAUAUUAUUUUACAUGCAAACCUUUAGAUUGUCAAAAGUGGAGAGAUCCGAAUUGAGUUUUGCUCUAACAACCCUACGAGCCUCGACGGAAUUCCUAAAAUCAGAUCCAUUGCAACUUCACGACUCCGUCUCCACGACAUCCUCAAUUUCCUCAAUUUCUUCGCAUUCAUCAUACAAAUAUUCCUCCCCGACUUUACCAAUAAACAAUAGGGUUCGCAGUCGAGCAACCUCAUUUUCCUCGUUGUCCACACCUAUCUCAUCACCACCGAUAUCAUCAAUUUAUCCUUCAUCACAAGUCAAUCACUCGAAAUCUUCGUCAAUGCCCGGAUUGGUUCAGCAGCCUUCACCUACAUUGAAACGGGAUGAUUCACUUGCGGGAUCUACUAAUUCCGGCUUUGCUAGUCCAAAAAACCGUUAUGGAUGCAAACAUAAUCCCGGUGAUGAAUCGACGACCACAAAUUCGGGAAGACCAAGUUUUGACCUUGCUAAUUCCGCUUCGAUGUCAACACAAUCUUCCACUAAUGAUAUUGGCAAUCACAAUCCAUCACAAAGAAGACGUCGAGCAUCCAUCACUCCAGUAUUAUUAAUAAAACCGCAGAUAUUGUUAGCGCCUAGAAAUGCACAGUCGAGAAAAAGUCUCGAUAGUGAGCGAGGUGGCCAUAUUAAUCAUGGCGGUGGUAAUGGCGAAAGCGAGAUUACCAAUUCUUUGAUGAAUGGUGUUGACAAAGAAGUUAAUAUUGGCAACAAUCGGGGCGAUUCAUAUGAUGGUCGAGAUAGGAUAGGUAAAUUACCGCCAUUGGCUACUAAAAAUUCCUCGUAUCAAUCGACAUCAAGGUCCAACAGCUCAACAACUGGAUCCAGUGAUAGUAGUGGAAAACCAAAGAAUUGGAGACACUCGAUACAUGCACCCGAAAUUAUUGCAGUAAUACCCAGGCACGCGCAUAAUGGUACCGUGCACACUGGUAAACCCAUUUUGGAUCUUUCACCACCAAAUCCUGAAAUUCUUGGCGAUUUUUUGAGUAGCCUGCAGAGUAUUGACGGCGAAGUUGCCGGCAAUAGAAAUGAAGGGUUUACCUCCAGAAGAUGGUGA